UUCACUUGCCACGCUUCCUUUUCUCUCCUACAAACGCCCCGCUCAUGGGCACACUGACUGUAGACCCUGUUCCAACUCGUGCACCAAGCCCUGCCAAGUACCCGUCGGCCGUAGUCGCCUCCACACGGGCCUCGGACGCUCCUCAUUCACUUCUACACCCUGCCGUUCUGUGUACUAUGUACGCCUCGACAUGCGCGUACCAUGGCCCAGCCCGAAGAUCUCGCAAGCUUGGACGGUUUCGUUGGGUGAAAGGGGUUUGCCGUGUGCACGCUAUGUAUAGAUGGUAUAUAGUGUCCGGGCCUCUGUUUGCCCUGGGGUCUAGGUAUACUGUCCUUCCAACGAAAACAUCCAUACACCUUUCCUUCCAGCCUUACCUACCACCCACUGUGUCACUCAUUGCACCCUAACCUACAUUCACCGUCGCCAUGUCGCGACUACAACUUCUUGCGGUCGAACACAUCGAGACACUCAUUGCUCAGGGCCGUCCUGUGGUUGUUCAUGAAGGGUUCGCCUUGGACCUGGCUGAAUGGAUAAACAAACACCCUGGUGGUCGCCUGUCCAUUUUGCACAUGGUGGGCAGAGAUGCGACUGAUGAAAUCAACAUAUAUCACUCCAACCGGUCUCUACUCAUGAUGAAGCAGUACCGCAUCGGCCGCGUACAACUUCCUUGGACCAAUCUCGACCCACCCAUUCGCUCCCCCGAUUACUAUGAGAACCUGGCCGUGGCCGCAGCCUCGGAGAAGGCCCGCUCUGCUGCCAUUGAGGAGGCGAGGCUAAACCGACGGAGCAAAAGCAUCGAUAUCAGCUCUGCCGCACACGUUCUGCACAAAAAGCUUGCCACUGCGCCCACAUGCACUCGGAGAACCGGUGCCAAUGUGAUCGGCGAUCAGGAAAAGCAACCCAUCCCCACAUCCACCGUAGACGCAGCUGCAGCUCAAAAGCAGUACCGAGAGAACUAUGCUACAGAACUGGAAGAACAAGAGAAGGCGGAAGGUCUCAGAGACAACCCAUCUGUGGAUCCAGAAACCCAGAGGGCCAUCGUAAGCGAGUACCGGGCGCUUCACCAGCAGAUCAAGGACGAGGGCCUUUACAAAUGCCGCUACAUAAACUACGGCAAGGAAAGCAUACGCUACGGAGCCCUUUUUGCUGCUUUCGGAUAUCUGCUGUACAUCAAGUGGUACAUGACGUCCUCCAUCUUCUUGGGCUUGUUCUGGCAACAAAUCAUGUUCUCAGCUCACGACGCAGCACACAUGGGCAUCACCUCCAACUUCAUAGUCGACACGCUCAUCGGAGCUUUCAUUGCCGACUUCUGCUGCGGUCUCAGCAUUGGCUGGUGGAAAUCCUCGCACAAUGUGCACCACCUCAUCACCAACAUGCCCGAACACGACCCUGACAUCCAAAACAUCCCACUUUUCUCCACUUCCCCCACCUACAUGAAAUCCAUCCUCAGCUCCUUCUACAACUGGCGCUUCGUCUGGGACGCGGCCUGCGACUUCAUGAUCCCUUACCAAAAAUACACCUACUACCCCGUCAUGGCCUUAGCCCGCUUUAACCUCUACAUGCUCUCUUGGCUCCACCUCGUCAGCCCCCGCGCCGCGCAACUCGGCGCCGCAUGGUGGACACGCCCCGUCGAAAUCCUCUUCAUGGCCUGCUACUGGUACCUCUUCGGCUAUCAACUCGUGUGGCUCACGCUCCCCAACUGGCCUGUCCGCGUAGGCUUUGUAUUGCUCAGCCAUGCCGUGACGAUCGUCCUCCACGUCCAAAUCACCCUCUCCCACUGGGCCAUGCCAACAUCCGACCUCGGCCCCACCGAGUCAUUCCCCCAGCGCCAACUCCGCACCACCAUGGAUGUCGACUGCCCGCCUUGGCUCGACUGGUUCCAUGGCGGUCUGCAGUUCCAGGCCGUGCACCACUUGUUCCCCCGCGUGCCGAGGCACAAUCUUCGUCGUACCCAGGCGCUUGUGCGCGAGUUCUGCGAGAAAACCCAGAUCAAGUACCAGUGCUAUGGCUUCGUUGAGGGCAAUGGAAUCGUGCUUUCCAGAUUGGAGGAGCUGGGCAAGCAGGUCACCACGUUGGUCGAGUGCCAAAAGUACAUGGCCGCUACUGGCGAAAGCGGGCUCCACUGAAACACCCUUUUUUCGCGUUCGGUGUCCGUUACCCUCUUUUUUCUUCUUAUCAUCUCGUUCCCUAUUUGUUUUCCAUGACAAGGGUGGGGCCUGUUUAGGCAAUUGCUGUUUUGAGCGUGUAAUCUGAGCGUUUUUGUUGAGGAAUAUUAGAUUUUGCUUUUUUCUUAUGUCUGCUUCUUUCCAUUUUCUUAUCAUCGUUCCGGUGGAACGUCGAAAAGGUACAUACAUCAUGGGCUCAGCGUACGAGGCAUCACCGUGCGCAACAUCUCUCAUUUGUACUCGACCAUCACUCUGUCCCUCCUAACGGACAGACCAAAAAAUAUCAUUUCUCAUCUGAUGCAACACAUGUUCUCACAUAACUAUUUGCCUCCGUGACUGUUGAUUAAUACCGAGCACAUAGCGGGCUCAAUAUUUGAUUGGUGACGUACGUAAAGGUCAGAGUAUCGUAGCGUAGUUGUUAGCACUGGUCCUCGUAGUUUCUUCUGCCGUCUGUAGUUCUGGUCCUAUCGCCAAUGUUUCUGGAUUCGCUACCUAUUCGAUCGAUCAUCAAUACAUGUGGACGGUCAUGAAUCCUCGAUUCGUGCAAUGGACAUAUGUGGGUAUUCAUAACACGAACACGAUCGCACUGUUCAAAUAUAGGGGCUGAGACAAGUAU